CAUUUUUGUUCAAUGAGAAUUUUCAUAUCCUGCCAUUUGAAUUCCCUCACACCAUAGCCAGGCACCAGGGACAGGGAGAACAGAAAAUAAUUAAAAUAAUGAAGAAUAGCAGAACAUGUGUUUCUCUUUCCAAAAGAACAGAAGCAAGAAUGAGCAUGAGGCCUCUCUUCAUCUGCAUUAUAACUCUUCUCUGCUCAUCCUUUGCAAACAGAAUUUCAUCAUCUUAGAAUCUUAAAAAAAAGUAAUCUCUCUCUUAUUAUUCAUCUUUGUUUCCACUUUCCAAACAUUAUAUUUUCUUAAACUUUCACAUUUUGAGACAGCAAGAGAAAAAAGAGUUACUGAAUCUCCACAAGAAGGUCAAAAAUGUCGUCAAUGCCAAUGUAUCAACAACAACCUCCUCCACAGCAAUCCUAUGAUGAUGGAAUGUCAGAACAUGAUUCGGUAGGUCCUGUGGUUGGUGUUCUAGUUGUGGUGAUUGUGUUGGGAGUGAUAGCAGUUAUGAUUGGAAGGCUGUGUUCUGGAAGAAGAAUCAUGGGGUAUGGCCAAUAUGAUAUUGAAAGCUGGGCAGAGAGAAAGUGCUCAACUUGCAUUGAUGGCAGAAUCAAUCUAUCACUGCCAACAAGGACCAGCGAAUCCACCACUUCAUCGGUUCCUGAAACACCAAUUCAUGCUCCUCAAGAAACCAAGCAACCAGAGCAAUCUUCUCACAACUCAUCAUCAUCAUCACCUCCUAAUACUCAUUGAUUGAUUUCUAUAAUCUCUUUUAGAUUGUUAAAAUGUCCAAAUUCCUGCUAUGGUUCAGUUUAGUGUCUUGUUUGUUGUGUUAUUUAGUUUUAGUUCGUUGUCUUUCUCUUUUCUCUUCUUUUCCUUCUUAUAUUGUACCAAUUAUUCU